CUAACAGUUUAAUUUUUACAAAACAAAAUGUACAUAAAAUACGGUAACACGGCCGAACCAUAAUUUGGGCGACUUCCCUUCUUUUCUUCUCCUCGCCUUCCUCAACUCUCUAUUCUUCAUUGAACAGGCGGCGAGGUAGCGUAAGUGACGGUAAGGAGGGGAAAGGUCGACGGUCAGCAAAGCGGCGAGGUGACGUGGUGGUUGCUACAUUUGACGGUGCGGAAGCGGCGAGGGUUAGGAUAAAUCUACCUUUUAAGUAUGUACAACAAUGUUGGAACCCAGCAGCCUGGCAUGCCUGGAGUGCCAAUAGGUCAAAUACCUUCAGCAAAUGCUCAAGCUAAUCCAUUUGGUAAUGCAUUUUAUGGAGCUGGUUCUGGCUUAAUAAGAGGUGGUCUUGGUGCUUAUGGAGAGAAAAUAUUAGGAUCAAGCUCUGAAUACGUCCAAAGCAAUAUAACUCGAUACUUCUCUGAUCCUCAGUACUAUUUUCAAGUGAAUGACCAGUAUGUAAGGAACAAACUGAAAGUUGUUCUAUUCCCGUUCUUGCACAGGGGACACUGGACACGAAUAACUGAGCCAGUUGGAGGCCGCUUAUCGUACAAACCUCCUCUUUAUGAUAUAAAUGCACCUGAUUUGUACAUUCCCUUCAUGGCUUUCGGCACCUAUGUUAUUCUUGCCGGCAUGUCACUGGGACUCUAUGGAAAGUUCAGCCCUGAAAAUCUCAACUGGCUGUUCGUCAAGGGACUGCUCGGGUGGUUCAUGCAGGUUGCCCUGCUGAAAAUGGCUCUACUCUCAUUAGGCAGUGGAGAAGCUCCCUUGUUAGACAUUGUCGCAUAUGGAGGCUACAUGUUCACCGGCCUUUGUCUCGCCGUCCUUGGCAAGAUCUUGCUCGGUUACUCGUACUACUUCGUGCUGCCUUGGGCGUGUGUCUGCAUGGGGGUCUUUCUGGUCAAGACAAUGAAGCGCGUCCUCUUUGCCGAGGUGAGGAGUUACGACUCGAGCAGGCAUCACUAUCUCUUGCUCUUCAUUGCUUUGGCUCAAUUCCCACUUUUCAUGUGGCUUGGCAACAUCACUGUUAAUUGGCUUUUCUGAACACCAGCAAGACCUGAAUUGUACUUACUCUGGGAGAAGGAUGGAGUUUUUGUUGUACUUAGAAAACAAACAGUUUGUUAUUGUGUGUUUAUAGAAGGUUUUGAAGAUGUUUGAGAUGAAUUUUCAGCGCUCUGGUUUACUUACUGUCAUUAUUAUGCUGGAUCAUUGUACUCUUGAGAGGUCGAUUGGGUGUCGGGUCAUACAAACGGAGGAGAAUUUUUGGAGCCAAAUCCAUUUCAUCCAAACGGGGGUCUAUAUAUCUUAUUGAUUUUACUAGGGAGCUUAUACAUACAUGUUAUUAAGAGUUCUUCAGCAAUCAGCACACAUCUCUGGGAAUGCUAC